ACAUGCACCACUCCGAACCUUCCGUGUGAACGCAACAGCACUUCUUCCUUCCAAGCAAGCGAACGACAAGGACGCGGAAACUGCUCAGUAGUGAGAAGUAGCGGCUGCCUCCAGUUUCUCCUUGCCGCCUGACCAGCACACACGAUCUCCUGUCCUCGCGCCCGGCCAACCAACUGGGAGAUCAGGUGGAAAGCAGGUUGCCCUCAUCGCGUUACUGGAGUAGAGAUGAGCUUUUCAGGACAGGGUGGCCGGCGCGGCAGAGGCCUUUCCUUCGUAUCAGGGCACUCACGACAAAAUCAAGGCGACUUUGGAUCUGCACACACCAUCAACGGGGGACAGAGUGGGUCCCGUUUCAGUGGCGGAUCCAGCUUCGGCGGGAAUGCCAGAGGGCCAUACAGAGGAGGAAGCGGUCGAGGGCGAGGUGGCUACAAUGACGGGAGAGGGUCUGAAGCUGAUGCGAUGAUGAGCGAUGGGCUGGGACAUAGACAAAACCAAUCGCCCGGCAGAUCACGAGGGGGAAGCUCGUUUGGGGAAAGCGCUGGUCCCAACCUCGCAGUGGAGGAAGUAUUGGUUGAAAACAUAGAUCACGACACAGCACCGGAGGGGCUCGGGGUCUGGUUAUCUCGGAAGUAUCAAGCGCAACACGGCCGAUCGCUGAACUUUGUUGGGAGCGAAACUCGUGGGAAUGCAAUAGUCUUCAAAAUGGCAAAUGCUCUGGAAGCGCAGGCAAUCAUGCAGCUGAAUGGCAUUAAUUUCAGAGCGAAGAAGCUUGCGAUCUCUCAAGGGCAAGCUCAUGCGUCUUUGCGCGCGCCUGUAAACAACACAGGGUUUGCAGGCGCCAGAGCCCCGCAGAGCCGACCAGGGGGUGCAAUCGAAGCAUUCAGAACCAUACUGCGGAAUCGCUACCAACCGGAACAGAAGUAUCUUGAUCUGUCGAAUAUGAUGCAGGAUCCGUUAUUAGCGAACGAGAGAAUCCGCGGGUUCGAGCCAGAAUCUAAGAUGGGAGGUGUUAUUUGUAAAAUGAUCGGAGAGUGCUGCCCGGAUGUGGAGACAUUGUCGCUGGCGUCCAACCGCUUGACAACGCUAUCCCACUUCUCCAUAUUGCCGACAUACGCGCCGAACCUGACGGCGUUGUCUUUCCAAGACAAUCAGCUCCGAUCUUUGAGAGACAUUGAGCCGUUGCGCGGCUCCGAGUUCCGUCAACUUCGCGAGCUGCUACUUUCUGGAAAUCCGAUUCGAGACAUCGCAUUACAGAAGCCUGGUGGUGAUGUCGUUUACCGCGGUGAUAUCCAAAAGCUCUUCCCAACCAUCGAAAUUCUCGACAUGGAACCUGUUGGCGCAGAAAUAACUUUCGGAGUAGAUACAAUGGCCGUCGAAUUGCCCCUACAAUCAAGAACUGGAUUCGUGGAUUCCCCGGGCACAGCUGCGCUUGUAAACGAUUUCGUACAAAAGUUCCUGACAUCAUUCGACGCCAACCGAAUUGCGCUCUUCGAUCUCUUUCACGAUCAGGCAUGCUUCUCUCUUUCCCUGGAUUCCACUGGGAGGUCGACGAAAGACCCUCGCGGGAGAGAUCAACUCGCGUUCGCCAGUUGGAGGGAUGUAGAUCACAAUCUGGAGAAAGUUAAGAGCUCAGAGAAGCGAGUUUCGGCGUUGGCGAGAGGAGGGACGAACAUAAUACGAGCAUACGAGCGAAUACCACGAACCCAACACCCACAAUACCCUAGCCCCUCGUAUAUCGUUGAAGGCUAUCAAACCGGCGCGGGUGUAGAUCUCACCCUCUUCAUUCUGCUACAUGGAGAGUUCAGAGAAGUGGAAACAAACACAAAUCGUAGCUUCGAUCGCACCCUCGUGCUCGUAACCCCACCUCCAGGCUCAAGAUCUGCUGCUGCAGGAUUACCUUAUAGUGUGUCAAACGAUCAACUGAAUAUUCGCGCAUAUGCCGGCAACAAGGCCUGGGCGAGCAUCACGGAAACGGCUCCGAACGGAAGCUCUCAUUCGCAGCCAGCCCAUCAUCACCUACCGCAGCUACCUGAUCCCACCCUACUCAAGCAGUUGCAGUUACAAUAUCAAUUGGACGACGUCCGCCAGAGUCAAGUCAUCGAAUUCGCACGUGCCACAGGCCUAAAUUAUCAAUUCAGUCUACAAUGCCUAUCAGAAACGGGCUGGUCUACUCCCGCAGCGAUGCAGGCGUAUCAGAAUGUUAAGGGAAAUAUACCACCGGAAGCGUAUCAAGUUGGGUAAAACAACACGUCCGACCAACUCGGCGAUAUCAGAUCCUGCGCGACGCGGGCUGUCGGCAAACCUCUCGAAACAAUCAGGCUGUGGCAAAAUCGAAUCUCUCAUCCCAUGUACAUACAAUAGACAAACUUCAUCGCAUCGUUUCAUGUCUGCAAGUUCAUUUAUUGAAACCUGCGAGUUCAUUUAUGCCCGCAAGCUGGGGAAGUACCAGAAGCAGUUAUGCACUCUAAAUUUACAAAGAAGAUAUAGGAUUUCCGUUCGAG